CAAGUUAUGAAACAAUCAGCUGAGAAAUAAACAACUUGUAGUAAAUUCCAUAGUACUAAAAAAGAUGUUCCCUGUGGCACGGACUAUAGCUAGUGUAUCGGAAUUAUCAUACGUUUAACUUCAAUCAGCCGGUGGUAAUUAAUCAAUGUGCUGUUAAACGAAACCAACCUUUACUUGUGUUUAUGUUGCAGGUCGAAGUGCGGGAAUAGAAUCCACUGAAGGUGACAGUAUGGAACAGAAAAACGGUGCACACGACAUUACAGGACAAAAAACAACAAAAGGUCAGAACAUGGAACAAGAAACCCCUACAAGCAAAAGUAGGGGACAAGAGCCUGUUGAUUCCACUGCAGGUGACAGUGUGGACCAGAAAAACACUGGACACAACAUUAUAGGACCAGGAACAAUAAAAGAUCACAGUAUGGAACAAGAAACCCCUAGAAGUGACAGUAGGGGACAAGAAACUAUUGAAGAUGAUAGCAGAUGUCAAGAAAAUGUGGCAACUGAAGUCAAGGUGCAAGGAAAUACUGGGAGUGACAGUGAAGAACAAGAGGCCACUGUCGGCGAUGCUACGGAACAAGACCCCAAUGGGAGGGACAGUGUAGAACAAGAGGUCACUGCGGGCGAUGGUAUGGAACAAGAUCCCAAUGGGAGUGACAGUGAAGAACAAGAGGCCACUGCACGUGAUGGUAAGGAACAAGAUCCCAAUGGGAGUGGCAGUGAAGAACAAGAGGCCACUGAGCGUGAUGGUACGGAACAAGACCCCGAUGGGAGUGACAGUGAAGAACAAGAGGCCACUGCACGUGAUGGUACGGAACAAGACCCCAAUGGGAGUGACAGUGAAGAACAAGAGGCCACUGUGGGCGAUGGUACGGAACAAGACACCAAUGGAAGUGACAGUGUAGAACAAGAGGCCACUGUGGGCGAUGAUACGGAACAAGACCCCAAUGGGAGGGACAGUGUAGAACAAGAGGUCACUGCGGGCGAUGGUAUGGAACAAGAUCCCAAUGGGAGUGACAAUGAAGCACGAGACCCUGCGUGUGAUGGUACAGAACAAGACCCCAAUGGGAGUGACAGUGAAGAACAAGAGGCCACUGUGGGCGAUGGUACGGAACAAGACCCCAAUGGGAGGGACAGUGUAGAACAAGAGGCCACUGUGGGCGAUGAUACGGAACAAGACCCCAUUGGGAGGGACAGUGUAGAACAAGAGGUCACUGCGGGCGAUGGUAUGGAACAAGAUCCCAAUGGGAGUGACAAUGAAGCACGAGACCCUGCGUGUGAUGGUACGGGACAGCAUACCACUGCGAGUGACAAAGGGGAAAGGGGAAACCUUGUAGGAACGGGACAAAGAACCAUUUUAGCUGACAAUAUCACUCCAGGUGACACCAUGGGACAAGACUCCACUCCAGGUGACACCAGGGGACAAGACUCCACUCCGGGUGAUAUCAGGGGACAAAAAACCACUCCAGGUGAUAUCAGGGGACAAGACAUCACUCCAGGUGAAAGUACACAACAAGAAACGUCUUCAGGUGAAGGAAUGGGACAAAAUGUGACUUCUGUUGGCAGCACAGAUGUAGCAAACACCUUAGCGCGAAGCAAAAUACUUGUGCCAAAGCCAAACACGGCAGACGUUCAUCUAGAUUUAAAUGAGGAUCAACACCACUUAACAUUAAGAUUAAAGCAAAUGCAAAAUGAAAAUGAGGAACUGAGAAAAAGUUUAGCUGAUCAAGAAGAGACAAACAAGCGGUUUCAGACAGACAGAGACGAUCUCAUUCAAAAUUUAAACAAAUCACAAAAGAACUUAAAACAGGCACAAAAAGAAAAUGACGGUUUAAAGGAUAUGUGUGCUGAAGACAGGAAACAAAGUAACCUGUUGCGGGAAGAAAAGGAUAUUCUUAACCAAAGGUUAAAUGAAGAACAGAGUAAGCUAGAACAGUUACACAAGGAACACGAACAUUUGAAGAAAGACUUUACAGAAGGAAAGGAGGAAAAUGAGCAGUUACAGAAAGAAAAUGAGCAAUUUAAGAUUGAUCUGGCCAAAGAAAAGAAAAGCUAUGGGGAGUUGAUGGCAGAAAAAGAGAAUCUUAUUGAACAUUUAACUACAAUAGAACAUAGUCUAAAACAGCUACAAACCCAAUAUGAGGAACUAGAGAAAGUUUUAGCUGAGCAAAGGCAAAGCUAUGAGCAGUUAAAGGCAGAAAAAGAUAAUCUUAUUCAACAUUUAACUACAAUAGAACAUAGUCUAGAACAGGUAGAAAACCAAUAUGGAGAACUAGAGAAAGUUUUAGCUGAGCAAAGGCAAAGCUAUAAGCAGUUGAAGGCAGAACAGGAAACUCUUAUUCAAGAUUUACAAGCAGCAAAGCACGACUUAACACAGACGAAUAGCUUGCUGAAGGAAAAAGAAGUCGCUAUUAAAGUAUUUGAAAAUGAAUUGGAAGAAGGCAAGAAAACUACUGAUGGACAGGCUUGUCAGUUAACUGCUGCAACCACGAUCGUUGAAGAUUGCGUCCCAGACUUUGACAGUGAAGAUGGGUGGACUGUUUGUUCAGACAGCCAGGAAUCUGCUAAGAGUGAGGACCGAAGUGAUUAUGGUCAACUGGAGCAGACGAGAAGUGAGAAUGAUGACUCGCAGUUCAGCAGACGUGAGAUUGGCCAAAACAAGCAGAUUCCGGGAACCUUUGGAUAUUCAGCUCGACACAAACAGAUGCUUGUUGAAGUCCAUGCAGAGACCUCGUCGAGGGAAGGUGAAAGUGAAAACAUGGCAAAAGGACAGAGAGGGAGAGAAUUGACAGAUCUUGAAUCUAAACAGAGCAAUCAACAAAGCUCAAGAAUACAAGACGAAAGGGGAAAUUUGAAAAUUACACUUUUGAAGGAACAUAUAGUUUCCUUAAAGAAAGACUUUGACUUUGUUUCAAAGAAAGUUGCACAAUUUCAAAGUCAAAAUGUACAUCUUAUCAGCAGCAUGUCCAGUAUCCAGCAGAAAGCCCCUAGCCGGAACAGGAUGCGUGGGGACGAGGUACUGAAAAAAUGUUUGGCUGAACAAAGUAAGACAAUUGAUCAGCUGGAGUCAUACAAAGAGAAGCUGGAUGAAGAUUUCUCUAGAGUCCAGUAUGACCUGACACAGGUCCAGAAUGAAUGCUUGGAAAUGGAGAAAUGUUUGGCCCAAGAAAGAGAAAGAAAUGAACAUUUGCAGGUAGACAAGGAGAAUGUUGGUGAAGAUUUCUCCAGAAUGCAGAGUUGCCUGACAGAGGUGGAAAGGGAAAAUGUAACACUAAAGAAAUGUUUAGCUCAACAAAGUGAGACAAUUGAUCAGCUGAAGUCAUACAAAGAGAAGUUGGACAAAGAUUUCUCUAGAGUCCAGUAUGACCUGACACAGGUCCAGAAUGAAUGCUCGGAAAUGGAGAAAUGUUUGGCCCAAGAAAGAGAGAGAAAUGAACAUUUGCAGGUAGAAAAGGAGAACGUUGGUGAAGAUUUAUCCAGAAUGCAGAGUUGCCGAACAGAAGUGGAAAAUGAAAAUGUAUCACUAAAGAAAUGUUUAGCUCAACAAACUGAAACAAUUGAUCAGUUGAACUCCUGCAAGGAUACUCUUGAUAAAGAAUUAAACGAAGCUAAAGGUUCCCUUGAAGAGGUACAAAGAAUGCUACAGGAAUCAGAAUUAGUCAAGCUCAAAGGCACUGUAGAUGAACUGAAUGCCAAGUUGACAGAAGUGUACACCAGUGUAGAAGAAAAUAAAGCCAAUCUGCAUGAGACCAAUCAACCAAUUGACUGGAAACAAAGAGAAUUUGAGCGCACCAAAGAACAAAUGGUGAAUGUUACCGCUCAGUUCCAGGCUCGUGAGAACCAAAGUCGACUGAUGUCAGAAAGUCUCAACAGGGAAUUAGAACAGUUACGACGUAUGUAUAGGCAUAUACUGAACACAGCGCAAAACACUAAUAUUAAAGGGACAGUCCUGAAUUUACGACCAUUGUAAAAUGUUUCCAACCAAUAUAGCCAUUUUCAAUGAUGUAACAUACAAAUUAAAUACAUUUUCUUAUUUAAAAUAUCAGUGUCUGUAUUUACAAGGUGUCAGUUGUCUUAAUGCUUGUAGUAGCCCAAACUGGACUUUA